UGUUUUGGACCCGCUUCGUGAACGGUUGUUUCUCGCUUGCGUUGUUUCUCAGUUUUUCGCUUGCGGAACGAUUUGCGACUUUCCGAGUAGCGCGAUUCUUGAUUUGUUUAUUAUUGUCGUGUUGAGGGCAAAUCUAAAGGUUUUAGUUAAAACUCGUUGGCCGAUUAACAAAUAACAGCGUUUACCCAAAAGAAGAAAAAGCACCAAAAAAGAUGUGAAAAAUGAGUGACUAAAACUAAACAUUAGACUACAAAGUAGAGAAAAAGCCGGGAGAAAAACUUAACGAAAUCUAGGAGAUACGGAAACCCAACAACAACAAAUGCCCAAAUCAGCGGCGUCGUCGCUGCGCCGACGUCGUCCAAAAAAACCAACAACAGUCAUCAAGAUGCCGUCACUGCCGCAGUCGGCGUCGCUGCUUGCAGCGCUGUUUUUGAUCUGCUACUGCGACAGCUGCUUUUUUUGUUACGCGGGUGAGUCGCCUUUCUUAGAAGCUAAUUUAGUGGAAGUGUCGUCACGUAAUCGUUUGGUUGAUGCCAAUCCGCAGCCGCAGCCGCAGCAGCAGAAUCAGCUCGUCCAGCAGCAGCAACUCCAGGCGCCGAGAUUCACCACGCAUCCAUCGUCAUCGGGGUCGAUUGUCAGCGAGGGCAGCACCAAGAUACUGCAGUGCCACGCGUUGGGAUACCCGCAGCCCACAUAUCGAUGGCUGAAGGACGGCGUCCCCGUGGGCGACUUCUCAUCCAGCCAGUUCUACCGAUUCCACAGCACUCGGCGCGAAGAUGCGGGCAGCUAUCAGUGCAUCGCCCGGAAUGACGCCGGAUCCAUAUUCAGCGAGAAGAGCGACGUUGUGGUGGCCUACAUGGGCAUCUUCGAGAACACCACCGAGGGUCGUCUGACGGUGAUCAGUGGCCAUCCUGCGAUAUUCAACAUGCCGGCCAUUGACUCGGUGCCGGUGCCCUCGGUGAUGUGGCAAUCGGAGGACGGAUCCCUCAACUACGACAUCAAGUACGCCUUCACGCAGGCCAACCAGUUGGUUAUCCUGAGUGCGGACGAGAACGAUCGCAAGGGCUACCGCGCCAAGGCGAUCAACACCCAGCUGGGCAAGGAGGAGAGCAGCGCCUUUGUCCACCUGAACGUCAGCGGGGAUCCGUACAUCGAGGUGGCGCCCGAGAUCAUCGUUCGUCCGCAGGACGUCAAGGUCAAAAUGGGAACCGGCGUCGUCGAGCUGCAGUGCAUCGCGAAUGCCCGACCCCUGCACGAGCUGGAAACCCUCUGGCUGAAGGAUGGCCUCGCCGUCGAAACGGCCGGCGUAAGGCACCGGCUGAACGACCCGUGGAACCGCACCCUGGCCCUGCUCCAGGUGAACAGCUCCCAUUCCGGCGAGUACACGUGCCAGGUGCGAUUGCGCAGCGGCGGCUAUCCGGCCGUCAGUGCCUCCGCUCACCUCCAAAUCCUCGAGCCGCCGGUCUUCUUCACUCCGAUGCGAGCGGAAACCUUCGGGGAGUUUGGUGGCCAGGUGCAGCUGACCUGCGAUGUGGUGGGGGAGCCCACGCCCCAGGUCAAGUGGUUCAGGAACGCCGAAUCCGUGGAUGCUCACAUCGAGAGCGGAAGAUACACGCUGAACACGGAUAAUACGCUGGUAAUUAAGAAACUAAUCCUGGAUGACGCCGCCAUGUUUCAGUGUUUGGCCAUCAACGAAGCGGGCGAGAACUCGGCGAGCACUUGGUUGCGCGUAAAAACAAAAACGGCCAAGAUCCGCGUGAAGCGUUUGGCACAGCCGCGAAUCCUGAGGGUAAGAGCUUCGCAUGCUGGCUUGGGAUCGGAAAAGGGAUCGGGAUCGGGAUCGGGAUCAGGUUCCUCUGGUAGACGCAAGGAAUUUCGCUUUGCAUCGGCCCCAAUUAUGGAGCUGCCGCCCCAGAAUGUGACCGCCUUGGAUGGCAAGGAUGCGACUAUUUCCUGCCGGGCAGUGGGAUCCCCCAAUCCGAAUAUAACCUGGAUAUACAAUGAGACCCAACUGGUGGACAUAUCCAGCCGGGUGCAGAUACUCGAGUCGGGCGACCUGCUCAUCUCGAACAUCCGAUCCGUGGACGCGGGUCUGUACAUCUGCAUAAGGGCCAACGAGGCGGGCAGCGUCAAGGGCGAGGCCUAUUUGAGUGUCCUGGUGCGGACACAAAUCAUCCAGCCGCCGGUGGACACGACGGUGCUGCUGGGCCUGACGGCCACGCUGCAGUGCAAGGUGUCGAGCGACCCGAGCGUCCCGUACAACAUCGACUGGUAUCGCGAGGGCCAGACGGCCACGCCCAUCAGCAACUCGCAGCGAAUCGGCGUCCAGGCGGACGGGCAGCUGGAGAUCCAGGCGGUGCGGGCCAGCGACGUGGGCAGCUACGCCUGUGUGGUCACCUCGCCCGGUGGCAAUGAGACGCGGGCGGCCCGCCUGAGCGUCAUCGAGCUGCCCUUCCCGCCCAGCAACGUGAAGGUGGAGCGGCUGGCGGAGCCGCAGCAGCGCAGCAUCAACGUUUCGUGGACGCCGGGAUUCGAUGGCAACAGUCCAAUAUCCAAAUUUAUUAUCCAGCGACGUGAGGUCUCCGAAUUGGAAAAAUUCGUAGGUCCAGUUCCAGACCCUCUGCUCAACUGGAUAACCGAACUGAGCAACGUCUCGGCGGACCAGCGGUGGAUCCUGCUGGAGAACCUCAAGGCGGCCACUGUCUACCAGUUCAGGGUUAGUGCGGUGAACCGCGUCGGCGAGGGUUCGCCAUCGGAGCCCAGCAACGUGGUCGAGUUGCCCCAAGAAGCUCCCUCGGGUCCGCCGGUGGGAUUCGUGGGGUCCGCCCGCUCCAUGUCGGAGAUCAUCACGCAGUGGCAGCCGCCACUGGAGGAGCACCGCAACGGUCAGAUCCUCGGCUACAUCCUGCGCUACCGCCUCUUCGGGUACAACAACGUGCCGUGGUCCUACCAGAACAUCACCAACGAGGCGCAGCGCAACUUCCUCAUCCAGGAGCUGAUCACGUGGAAGGACUACAUCGUCCAGAUCGCCGCCUACAACAACAUGGGCGUGGGCGUCUACACCGAGGGCUCCAAGAUCAAGACCAAGGAGGGCGUGCCCGAGGCUCCGCCCACGAACGUCCAGGUGGAGGCGAUCAACUCGACGGCGGCGCGUUGCCGCUGGACGCCGCCGAAUCCGCAGCAGAUCAAUGGGAUCAACCAGGGCUACAAGAUCCAGGCGUGGCAGCGCCGCCUCAUCGACAACGAGUGGAAGGACAUGGAGCGGCGCAUGAUGACGGUGCCCCCGAGCCUCAUCGAUCCGCUCGCCGAGCAGACGGCCAUUCUGGGGGGUUUGGAGAAGUUCGCCGAGUACAACAUUAGCGUGCUCUGCUUCACGGAUCCCGGCGACGGGGUGGCCAGCAUUCAGGUGCCCGUGAUGACCUUGGACGAUGUUCCCGACGAGGUGACCGCCUUGCACUUUGACGACGUGUCCGAUCGCUCGGUGAAGGUCUUGUGGGCGCCGCCCCGCUUCACCAACGGCAUCCUCACCGGCUACACGGUGCGCUACCAAGUCAAAGAUCGUCCGGAUACCCUCAAAUCCUUCAACCUGACUGCCGAUGACACGGAGCUGACUGUCAAUCAGCUGCAGGCCACCACGCACUAUUGGUUCGAGGUGUUCGCCUGGACGCGCGUGGGCAGCGGAGCUCCCAAGACGGCCACUAUUCAGUCGGGUGUGGAGCCCGUCCUGCCACACGCACCCACCAGUUUGGCCUUGUCCAACAUCGAGGCCUUCUCGGUGGUGCUGCAGUUCACGCCGGGCUUCGACGGCAACUCGAGCAUCACGCGCUGGAAGGUCGAAGGUCAGACGGCGCGCAACAUGACCUGGUUCACCAUCUGCGAGAUCAGCGAUCCCGAUGCGGAAACCCUGACCGUCACCGGGCUGGUGCCCUUCACCCAGUACCGCUUGCGGUUGAGUGCCAGCAACGUGGUGGGCAGCUCGCGGCCCUCGGAGGCCACCAAGGACUUCCAGACGAUCCAGGCGCGGCCGAAGCAUCCGCCCUUCAAUGUGACGGUGCGUGCGAUGAGCGCCCAGCAGCUGCGGGUGCGAUGGAUUCCGCUGCAGCAGACGGAGUGGUACGGCAAUCCGCGGGGAUACAACAUCUCCUACAGGCAGCUGGUGAAGAGCGGCUCACCGGCGACGAUGCUCAAGCACGUGCCCCGCUCGGUGGUGAUCGAGGACCACACGGCCAACUCGCAUGUGCUCGACGGACUGGAGGAGUGGACGCUCUACGAGGUGAUCAUGACCGCCUGCAACGACGUCGGCUGCUCCAAGGAGAGCGGAACGGCGGUGGAGCGGACACGGGAGGCGGUCCCCAGCUACGGGCCGCUGGACGUCCAGGCAAAUGCCACCUCCUCCACCACGGUGGUGGUGCGGUGGGGCGAGGUGCCGCCGCAGCACAGAAAUGGACAGAUCGACGGCUACAAGGUGUACUAUGCGGCCGCCGACAGGGCGGGACAGCCGGUGCUGCACAAGACGAUACCGAACAACGCCACCUUCACCACGACGCUCACGGAGCUGAAGAAGUUCGUCGUCUACCACGUCCAGGUGCUCGCCUACACGCGCCUCGGCAACGGCGCCCUCAGCACCCCGCCCAUCCGCGUCCAGACCUUCGAGGAUACCCCGGGUGUUCCGUCGAAUGUGAGCUUCCCGGAUGUCACGCUCACCAUGGCCCGGAUCAUCUGGGACGUGCCGAUGGAUCCCAAUGGGGAGAUCCUCGCCUACCAGGUCACCUAUGCUCUGAAUGGCAGCGCCACCCUGAACUACAGUCGGGAGUUCCCGCCCUCGGAUCGGACCUAUCGAGCCACCGGGUUGCUGCCGGAGAAGUACUACAGCUUCAGCUGCACCGCGCAGACGCGACUGGGAUGGGGCAAGAUAGCCACCGCUCUGGUGUACACCACCAACAACAGGGAGCGGCCGCAGGCGCCGUCGGUGCCGCAGAUAUCGCGCAGCCAGAUCCAGGCGCACCAGAUCACCUUCAGCUGGACUCCGGGGCGGGAUGGCUUCGCCCCGCUGCGCUACUACACGGUGGAGAUGCGCGAGAACGACGGCCGUUGGCAGCCGCUGCCGGAGCGCGUCGAUCCCCUCCUGAGCUCCUACACGGCACUGGGACUCCGGCCCUACAUGACCUACCAGUUCCGCAUCCAGGCCACCAAUGAUUUGGGUCCGUCGGCCUUCAGCCGCGAGAGCGUUGUGGUAAGGACCUUGCCCGCUGCUCCGGCGGCUGGAGUGGGCGGGCUGAAGGUGGUGCCGAUCACCACCACCUCGGUGCGGGUGCAGUGGAGCGCGCUGGAGACGGGCAUGUGGAACGGGGACGCGGCCACCGGUGGGUAUAGGAUCCUCUACCAGCAGCUCUCCGACUUUCCCACCGCCUUGCAGUCCACGCCGAAGACCGAUGUGCACGGGAUUAACGAGAACAGUGUGGUGCUGUCCGAUCUCCAGCAGGAUCGCAACUACGAGAUCGUGGUGCUGCCCUUCAAUUCGCAGGGACCCGGACCGGCCACGCCCCCAGCGGCGGUGUAUGUGGGCGAGGCGGUGCCGACGGGAGAGCCGCGAGCGGUGGACGCUGCUCCGAUCUCGAGCACCGAGGUGCGACUGCUGUGGAAGCCGCCGAAGCAGAGCAGCCAGAACGGGGACAUCCUGGGCUACAAGAUCUACUACCUGGUCACCUAUUCGCCGCAGGCCCUCGAGCCGGACCGCAAGUGGGAGGAGGAGAUCGAGGUGGUCUCCGCCACGGCCACCUCGCACAGCCUCGUCUUCCUGGACAAGUUCACCGAGUACCGCAUCCAGUUGCUGGCCUUCAAUCCCGCCGGAGAUGGUCCUCGAUCGGCACCCAUCACCGUGAAGACGCUGCCCGGAGUGCCGAGUGCCCCGCUCAACCUGCGCUUCUCGGACAUCACCAUGCAGAGCCUGGAGGUGUCGUGGAACCCGCCCAAGUUCCUCAACGGCGAGAUCCUGGGCUACCUGGUGACCUACGAGACUACCGAGGAGAACGAGAAGUUCAGCAAGCAGGUGAAGCAGAAGGUGUCCAACACGACGCUGCGGGUGCAGAACCUCGAGGAGGAGGUCACCUACACGUUCACCGUGCGCGCCCAGACCUCCGUGGACUACGGGCCCGGGGUGAGCGAGAACGUGACGACGGGACCCCAGGACGGCUCCCCGGUGGCGCCGCGCGAUCUCAUCCUGACCAAGACGCUAUCCAGCGUCGAGAUGCACUGGAUCAACGGGCCCUCGGGCCGGGGACCCAUCCUGGGCUACCUCAUCGAGGCCAAGAAGCGGGAAAAAGGAGAGCCGUCAUUUGUUUACGACUCCCGCUGGACGAAGAUCGAGCAGAGCAGGAAGGGCAUGAUGCAGGACUUCACGGUCAGCUACCACAUCCUGAUGCCCUCGACGGCGUACACGUUCCGUGUGAUCGCGUACAAUCGCUACGGCAUCUCGUUCCCCGUCUACUCGAAGGACUCCAUCCUGACGCCCUCGAAGCUGCAUUUGGAGUACGGCUACCUGCAGCACAAGCCCUUCUACCGGCAGACCUGGUUCAUGGUCUCGCUGGCGGCCACCUCGAUCGUGAUCAUCGUGAUGGUGAUCGCGGUUCUCUGCGUGAAGAGCAAGAGCUACAAGUACAAACAGGAGGCACAGAAGACGCUGGAGGAGUCGAUGGCCAUGUCGAUUGACGAGCGGCAGGAGCUGGCUUUGGAGCUCUACCGAUCGCGUCACGGCGUGGGCACCGGCACUCUGAAUAGCGUGGGCACCUUGCGCAGCGGCACCCUGGGCACCUUGGGCAGGAAGUCGACCAACCGACCGCCGCCGGGCGUCCAUCUCGGAAAGAGCCCGCCACGCCCCUCGCCCGCCUCCGUGGCAUACCACAGCGACGAGGAGAGCCUGAAGUGCUACGACGAGAACCCCGACGACAGCAGCGUGACCGAGAAGCCCUCGGAGGUGAGCAGUUCGGAGGCGUCGCAGCACUCGGAAAGCGAGAACGAGAGCGUGAGGAGCGAUCCGCACUCCUUUGUCAAUCACUAUGCCAACGUGAACGACUCGCUGCGGCAGUCGUGGAAGAAGACCAAGCCGGUGCGGAACUACUCCAGCUACACGGACUCGGAGCCGGAGGGCAGUGCCGUGAUGAGCUUGAACGGCGGCCAGAUCAUCGUUAACAACAUGGCCAGGUCGAGGGCGCCGCUGCCCGGCUUCUCCUCGUUUGUCUGACAAUCAACCGAGUUCUAAGAUCUAAGCAUCAGUAGCAACGGCACCGUCAUCCGGGAGACCUUCGUCUAGGCGGGGAUCAAGGAUCACGGAUCAGGGAUCACUAAUCACGAAGCAGGAGCGACCUGAGAACGAGGUUAUCCGGAUUCGGGAGACGGAGCUGGGGGUCUGGCUGGGGGCGAAAAACUAAACCGAGGAGAAGGAGGAGGAUCCACACCAGGCUCUGCUCCUCGCCUCAGCCCCUCCAGCUCUCCGACGAUGCGCUGCUACAGGGAUACAAAGAAAACAGAAAACAGAAAAUAGAAAUCGGAAAACAGAAGCAAACUUACUAAGCAACAGACAUUCGGUUAGGUUAUCCUUAAUGCAUUUAGUUGUAGUUUCUAGUUACGAGAGAUCUGAGAUUUGCGAGCAUUUCGGGGCUCUCCGCACUGCCAAGUGGAUCCGUCGCCGAGUGGCAAUCCAAAGAAGAUGUAGCUGUAGGUUCCAUGAACGAUUCUUGGAUUGGAAACUCGAGCACAAAUCCGCGAGGCAGAGUGGAAAGCCCCUCGGUUUUAGCCUGUGUUUCCCCACUGUGUGUGUAUUUUCCCAGCACGACUCUGCUCCUAUUUUUUAGUAUUUAUUUGUAAUUGUGUGCGUGUGUGUGUGUUCAGUGUGAGUGCGGCGCCGCCCGCCACGCCCCCAAACCAUGGCAUUUAUCUAAAAGGGGCGCCGGAUCGGAUGCGAGUCCUGUGAUAAACCGAUUCGAUUCCGAUUCGCCCGCUAGGAGUUCACAAAUGAUUUCCAAGUGUGUUCAGCGCGUGGCAGGCAGCCUCAACCUUCGAGUGACUGUGAGUGUGAGUGAUUUGAGCGUUAGUCUGGCGCAAUCUCAUAUAUUUAGAGCGGCAGCGAGUUGUGUUUUAUGUUAGAUUUUUUUUGUGUGUGCAACUAAGACUAGGAAAUCGAAAGUUUGAAGGCGAGGACGAAGGACCCCGAUGCAAUCGGUGGAAAACCAAGAGAGAAGGUUCAAGAGAAGCGCAAAACAAAGGAAAAUAUGCGAACGAUAAAACAAAAAUCAUAUCUUAUAAGCGAAGGAACAUAAAUGUAUUUGUUUUUUUUUUUUGGGACAGGCAACCAGAGGAAGGCUAUAGCUAUUUGGAAUGAGCAGAGUAUCUGAGGACGAAGGCUUAGGUUACGUAUAUUCAUCAGAUAUAUUGAUAGGCCAUAUUAAUGCAAUUUCUUUACCACAUAAGCCCACAAACGAAUCGCAACUGUAACACACAAAGCAAAAAAACAAACGAGAAACAAACGAGCAAACAUGCAACAUGCAGACCUGCCAGAACACACAAAAACAAAAAGGGGAUUCAAAGAUACUUUUUGGAGCGCAUGCGCAGCAGACUUAGCACUAAGUACGAUCAGCACGAUCUUGGUAGACGUAAGAUGGACAUUUUUUUUUUUUAGAUGGGCCCAGUUCCUCCAGUUGCGGUGGAACUACGCCCUGGUACUCGUAGAUCGUAACUCUUCGAUUGUUCGACCCCCGACGCGACGCUUAGAUGUAAUCUUACUCGUACUCGUAAUUGUAUUUGAGCGCAGUUUAUAUUUAUGACUAUAUUUAUAUAUCGAUGUAUACAUGUAUAUCUAAAAACUUAAACGACUGAUUAUAUAUUUUCCCCGAUUAGUUGUAUACUUAACUCCUUUUUUGUACUACCUUACCUUACUACCUACGCAUUAACUACGUUUAGACCACUUUGACGCCCGCGAAACGCAAAUCGGAGUGGAAAGCCCUCGAAGUUUUCCGCCGAGCGCAAGCUACUUUCAACUGCAAAGACUCGAAGCACAAGUUCGUCUAGUUAAGUUAAUGUAUUUGUAAUUGUUGAAUUGAUGAUUGAAUGAUUGGAUGAGGGCUUGUCGUCCUCCGCGGUUCGAGAUUAAGUGGUUUGGUGCGGAGGAGCGGCUUUCGGCGGACGAAGAAGACGAUGGCGGAGCUCAAGGAUCUUGGCUCGGGGCUAGUUGAAAUCCGUGCAGCAAGCGCAAAGUAUUAGAAUAUUGAUAAAUACAAUUUAAAUGUGUAAAUGUAAUUGAUGGAGCAUACGAUUAUGAAUAAAUCAAAUAAAACAACAUGAA